AUGUCUGCGGCAGAUCCAGUCUCCGAGUCCGUCCCGGACGCUCUGUCCGAGGCCCUGAACGCCAGCUCCGGUAACGGCAGCGAGGCUCUGAACGCCACAGUCCGCUUCACGGCCACCCCGGAGGGCACGGCCCUGGCCUACGGAAGCCUGCUGUUCAUGGCGCUGAUGCCCAUCUUCUUUGGUGCCCUGCGCUCCGUGCGCUGCUCCCGGUCCAAGUGGUGUGGUGAGGAGGCGGAGGAGGACCCAGGCUCCAGAAAUGGAGGGGAAAUGCCGGAGACCAUCACAAGUCGAGAUGCGGCACGCUUCCCCAUCAUUGCCAGCUGCACCCUCUUUGGACUCUACCUUUUCUUUAAGGUGUUCUCUCAGGAGUACAUCAACCUGCUCCUGUCUCUGUACUUCUUCGUCCUGGGAGUCCUGGCUCUGUCCCACACCAUCAGUCCGUUGGUUGCUUCAGUUCUUCCAGCGUCAUUCCCAAACAACCCCUAUCAGCUGCUCUUCACCCAGGGCACAGGAGAGGACAAGGAGGAGAUUCUGAAUUAUGAGUUCGACACGAAGAGUCUGGUGUGUCUCGUGCUCAGUUCAGUGGUUGGAGUGUGGUAUCUCUUCAAAAAGCACUGGAUUGCCAAUAACCUUUUUGGUUUGGCCUUUGCCCUGAACGGAGUCGAGCUGCUGCACCUCAACAAUGUCAGUACCGGCUGCAUCCUGCUGGGGGGGCUGUUUGUCUACGAUGUCUUCUGGGUUUUUGGGACGAAUGUGAUGGUGACUGUGGCCAAGUCAUUCGAAGCUCCAAUAAAAUUGGUGUUCCCUCAGGACCUGCUGGAGAAGGGCCUCGGGGCCAGUAACUUUGCCAUGUUGGGUUUGGGCGACAUCGUGAUCCCGGGAAUUUUCAUUGCUCUCUUACUGCGCUUUGAUGUCAGUCUGAAGAAGAACACACGGACGUACUUUUACACCAGCUUCGUGGCUUACAUCUUUGGUCUGGUUCUGACCAUCUUCAUCAUGCACACCUUCAAACACGCUCAGCCUGCCCUCCUCUACCUGGUCCCUGCUUGUGUUGGGUUCCCGGUGGUUGUGGCUCUGCUCAAAGGAGAACUCACAGAAAUGUUCAGAUACGAGGAAGAGACGAGCGAAGAGGCCGGACCGGACUCCGAGGCAGAGAAAAAAGACCAGUAG